UUUCAGAGUCUCCCCUUCAGUUCUAUGUGAACCAUGCCAGCAGUCCCAACGUCACCGCCUACGGUCCAGGUCUGAGCUACGGCGUUGCCAAAAAGAUGGCCACGUUCACCGUGUUUACAGAGGACGCCUCCGAAGGCGGGCUGGACUUGGCCAUCGAGGGUCCGUCCAAAGCGGAGAUCAGCUGCGUGGACAACAAGGACGGGACGUGCAGCGUGAGCUACCUGCCCACUCUGCCCGGAGACUACAACAUCCUGGUCAAAUACAACAACGACCACAUCGCCGGCAGCCCGUUCACCGCCAGGAUCACCGAGGACAACCAGCGGCGCUCUCAUGUCAAACUGGGCUCAGCGGCAGAUUUCUCUCUGGAUAUAAACGAGACGGACCUCAGUGUGCUGACCGCCAGCAUCCGGUCGCCAUCCGGCCGUGAUGAGCCCUGCCUGCUGAAGAGGAUGGCUAACAACCAUAUUGGGAUCUCCUUCAUCCCCCGGGAGGUGGGCGAGCACCGCGUCAGCAUCCUGAAGAACGGUCAGCACAUCCCCAACAGUCCCAUCACCAUCAUGGUCGUCCAGUCUGAAAUCGGCGACGCCACCCGAGUCAAGGCUCACGGCGACGGCCUCGUCCAGGGGACCACAUUCAACAAUGCCAGCUUCGUGGUGGACACACGAGAGGCCGGUUAUGGAGGCCUGGCUCUGUCCAUCGAAGGUCCCAGUAAGGUGGACAUCCAGACGGAGGACAUGGAGGACGGGACGUGUGGAGUCACUUACUGUCCGACUGAACCUGGAAACUACAUUGUCUCGAUCCGCUUCGCUGAGGAGCACGUCCCAGGAAGUCCGUUCACAGUGCGGGUGACGGGCGAGGGUCGUAUCCGGGAGAGCAUCACUCGACGACAGAAGGCAGCAUCUGUCGCCAGCGUGGGGAGUGUGUGUGACCUCAGUCUGAAGAUACCAGCGAUCGACAUGAAGGACGUCACUGCGGAGGUCACGUCCCCCUCCGGAGCGAAUCAGCCCGCCGAGCUGGUCGCCGUUGGAAACGACACCUACUGUGUGCGGUUCGUGCCCACAGAGAUGGGCGUGCACAGUGUGAGUGUGAGGUACAGGGGCGUGCACGUGCCAGGCAGCCCUUUCCAGUUCACCGUGGGGCCGCUGGGAGAGGGGGGGGCGUCCAAGGUGAGAGCAGGAGGUCCGGGACUGGAGGGAGCACAGGCAGGAGAGCCAGCUGAGUUCAGCAUCUGGACGAGGGAGGCGGGGGCCGGCGGCCUGUCCAUCGCCAUGGAGGGACCAAGCAGGGCGGAGAUCUCAUUCGACGACCGCAAAGACGGAUCCUGUGGCGUCUCGUACAUCGCUCAGGAGCCUGGUGAUUAUGAGAUUUCGGUGAAGUUUAACGACCAGCACAUACCGGACAGCCCCUUCCUGGUUCCGGUCGUAGCUCCGGUGAACGACGCCCGCCGCCUCACUGUUACCGGCCUUCAGGUGAGGCAUGAGGAGACACCUCCACACCCAGCCUGCCCUGCCUUGCUAAAGGGCUCUGAGGCCCAGUUGCAUAAGAAAUAUGUUUUUCUCCAAUAGGUUUGAUAUCAUUAU